AUGGUAGCUCUGGUCCAACGUCCUGCACCUGCCUUCAAGGCUGAGGCGGUUGCUGAAAGCUUGUUCACUGACGUGUCGCUCGAGGGACUCUUGGGGAAAUGGGUGGUGCUCCUCUUCUACCCCAUGGACUUCACAUUUGUCUGCCCGACUGAGAUUCUUGCUUUCAACGAUGCCCUCGACCGCUUCAAGGAGCUGAACACCACGGUCCUCGGCAUUUCCACCGACUCCAAGUUCUCUCACUUCGCAUGGGCCACCCAAACUCGCAAGGAGGGUGGUCUGGGGCCCGAUCUUAAGCUGCCGCUCAUCGCCGACCGGAACAUGUCCAUCUCGCGCGACUACGGCGUCCUGCUUGAGGACGAAGGUAUUGCCCUGCGCGGUCUCUUCAUCAUCGACCCCAAGGGCAUCCUGCGCCAGAUCACCGUUAACGACCUCCCCGUCGGCCGCUCGGUCGAGGAGACGAUCCGCCUUAUCAAGGCUUUCCAGUUCACCGACGAGCAUGGCGAGGUCUGCCCAGCUAACUGGACUGAGGGUUCGAAGACUAUCAAGGCGGACCCUCUGGCCAAGUUGGAGUACUUCUCUACUGCCAAUGCGAACGGUGCGAAUGGACAUGCCAAUGGACACGCUAACGGAAAUGCUGAUGGUGGUGCCAAGAAGCGCGCUCGCGUUGAGUGA